GUUCUACUGAAGCUUCUUCCAUCUUCCAGCCCAGAGUUUUUGCAGUUCUACAAUGGGUGAUUUGCAAGGAAAGGAAAAAGCUGUGUAUAAUGCGUGGAGUACAGAAGAAAGUUCUUUAUUACUUGAUCUUUUGGUUGAGGCUGCUCAACGUGGAUGGCGUGAUUGUAGUGGAUUGAUUACUAAACAAACUGUUGAAUCUAAAAUACUCCCGGUGCUGAAUGAAAAGCUUGGAUGUCAAAAGACAUACAAGGAGUAUCAAAGUCGGUGGAGGUACUUCAAGCAAAGAUAUCAAAAAUAUGCUGAUCUGAUGAAGUUCAGUUCGGGGUUUGGGUGGGACCCAAUUACAAAAAAAUUUACGGCUAGUGAUGAAGUGUGGAAAAACUACUUAGAGUCUCAUGGUGCUCAUAAGAGUCUCCGGACGGAUACCAUUCACGAUUAUGAAGAUUUACAAAUAGUAGUUGGGAAUGUAACAGCUACAGGAAAAAAUUCAGUUGGCUUAGGUGAGGAGUCUGAUGCUAGGACAUAUGAUGUUGAAGAGAACACUCAAACUUCAAUAGAAGACUAUGUGUAUGAUGAGUCUCAAAACACGUACGUCCCAACCCAACAAGAUCCAAUACACGAUUUAACUGUGCCUCCUACAUGUGCAAAUAGGAGUCCAACUCCCUCAAGAAGUAGUGGUUCUAAAAAGCGAACAAGAGAUCAAUGUGAAGGGAGCUCUAAGCCAAAAAGUAGCGAGUCUCGUUCUGAAUUUCAGACGAAGGUUGCUAGUGGAAUGAAUUCUCCAAACGCAGGAUGAACAAAGGCAAUAUGCAAAUCAAUGGAGAAACGGUAUUGCACAACAAAUGUGGACGGAUGUCAUCAAUGAAGAUUACAUAGAUUGAAUGUAUUCCUUUUGUUACUUUAGUACGGUUCAUAAUUGUUUAAGAUUGUGCUUUGAUUAUGGAUUAAAUAUCAAUUACGUAGUUUGUUAUAUUUCA